AUGUCAAUUGUUUAUCGUGGCUCGCGGUCAAGUUUUACCACCUUCCAUUCUGAGCUCAAAUUGUCACUUGUCUUAACACAGGAUAAUGACUAUCAUCCACCACUCGAGAAUGAAAUAGCUAGACGUAAUACACUACUCAUAAGGUUGCUGAAAAUUCUUCGACAGCCCAUGACCAGCUUCGCCCUUCUCGAGGUUCAUGAGAGCGGAGAUUCGCAAACCCCUAACUACUUGCAAAUCUGCAAGACUGUUCAACGAAUUAGCUAG